CGUUUUUAGUGCCAUAACCUCGGUUCACGUCUGAGGCUCAAGCACAAUCGAUGCGGGCGGCUGUGAUAUACCAAAAACAUUCUGGCGAGUGACUUGGGUCUUGGAAUCGACGUCGGGCCAAAAACUUAAAUAUUUACUUAAGUAAGAAGGUCGAUUAAUCCAGUGAUGCCUAAAAAGACUCCGAAGUCAGAGAAUACUUAGGAAACCUUAAAAAACAUGAAAUCAUUGGCUUUUGCGAACUUGUACUAAGCACUGAACCAGAGUGAACGGUGUGCUGAAAUUUGUAUAUCUUUAUUUUUAUUUUACAAUUUCCCACCGACCGGAUAACGUGGCGGUAUGUGACCGUGGGAGUGUCCCUGGGAGUCAACGCGGCGGCGGCGCAUCAUGGCGCUUGAACACGGGCAUCCAGCCUCCGCUCUGCCCUCGCUUUUCUCCUCGUCUCAGUGAUUUCAGCGCCUUACUUCCAGUACUAGACGUGCAUUUUUGUUAUUUAUUUUUAAUACACCGUCCUGACAUUAUUGAAGACGGAAACGAUCCUGCGGAGAUUUUUCCUUUUGGCGGAUGCGAUUCUUAAGUAGUUGCAAGCCGACCGAACUGGGAGAAAUUGUUCGGCGAGAGUAGGGAGCAAUCCGAGGGGGCUUUCUGGAGCAGAAUGCAGGCAGCAUGGUGACAGGAGAGGCAUGGGCGUGACCAGGCCAUGCGCCCAAGAAGCCCCGUCCCCAAGCCCUGAGUGACAGAAGAGAGAGCCAGUGUGAGCUAUGGACGAGUCGGCGCUGCUGGACCUGCUGGAGUGCCCCGUCUGCCUGGAGCGGCUGGACGCCACGGCCAAGGUCCUGCCAUGCCAGCACACCUUCUGUCGGCGGUGCCUGGCGGGUAUCGUGGCGUCGCGCGGUGAGCUCCGCUGUCCCGAGUGCCGCACGCUGGCACCCACUGCCGUUGACGAGCUGCCCAGCAACAUCCUGCUGGUGCGCCUCCUGGACGGCAUCCGCCAGAGGCCCCGGCGGCCCCGGGAGCAGGGCCACGGCCCAGGGCAGCUGCAGAGGGCGCAGGCCAAGAGCACCCCAGUCCGGGGCAUCCCCCAGCUACCCUGCGCCAAAGCCCUGUAUAACUAUGACGGCAAGGAACCGGGCGACCUGAAGUUCAGCAAAGGCGACAUCAUCAUCCUGCGCCGGCAGGUGGAUGAGAACUGGUACCACGGCGAGCUGGCGGGGGCACAUGGCUUCUUCCCCUCCAGCUUUGUGCAGGUGAUCAAGCCCCUCCCCCAGCCUCCGCCCCAGUGCAAGGCGCUAUAUGACUUCGAGCUCAAGGACAAGGAGGCCGACAAAGACUGUCUGCCGUUCUCGAAGGACGACAUCCUGACUGUGAUCCGUCGGGUGGAUGGGAACUGGGCAGAGGGCAUGCUGGGGGAUAAAAUCGGGAUCUUCCCCAUAUCUUAUGUUGAGUUCAACUCAGCGGCCAGGCAGCUGAUUGAGCUGGACAAGCCGGCUUCGGAGGCGGUAGCUGAGGCAGGCAGCGAGGCAGGGCUCCAGCGGGCAGGCGAGGCCAAGAAGAACGCUAAGAAGCGGCACUCGUUCACAUCGCUGAGCACGGCAGGCCGUACCACCCAGGCACCCCCCCAGCGUCAUUCCAUGGAGAUCAGCGGCCCCGUGCUGAUCAGCUCCAGCAACCCCACGGCCGCGGCACGCAUCGGCGAGCUCAGCGGGGGGCUGUCAUGCAGUGCACCGUCACAGGUCCACAUCUGCACCACUGGACUGAUCGUGACUCCUCCUCCCAGCAGCCCUGUCACCACGUCGACAGUGUUCACGUUUCCGACGGAAACCAGCCAUGCAGUGGAUGGCCUCCCCCCUCCACCACCCCCACCUCCUCAGAUCCUGGCCAUCGGAGCUGCCGCCUCAUUGGUCUCCGGCCAGAGACCCAUCCCUGUAGCCAGCGAACAGGGUGGGAGACAGAGACCCACGGUGUACGCGGCCAUGUUCCCCUACAGCCCUCGGAAGGAGGACGAACUGGAGCUACGCAAAGGGGAGAUGUUCCUGGUGCUGGAGCGGUGUCAGGACGGCUGGUUCAAGGGCACCUCUAUGCUCACAGGGAAGAUCGGCGUCUUCCCCGGCAACUACAUGGCCCCUGUCGCCAGGACUGGGACAAGUGGCACCCAGAAUAAGGUACCCCUGACGAUGUGUACCCCGGCUGGGAGAGGUAUACCCCUGUUAAGCCCUACCUCCUCCCUGGGACCAGACCCCUCUAGCCCCAUCCCUCCAGGGUCCCUGCCCACUGCCGUGGUCCCUGCUGCUCACAUCCAGGCUGGGCAGCAGGCCAAGGCGCUGAUGCACGUGAGCGGGCAGAUGACGGUCAACCAGGCCCGCAAUGCCGUUAGGACAGCCACUGGUCACAGUCAGGACCGGCCCACCGCUGCCGUAAUGCCUGUCCAGGUCCACCUGCCCCCCCAGUCAGGCCCCACUGUCCCAUCUGGCCCCUCCCGUGGAGCUGGGGGCGUGGCCAUAGGCUGUGCAGCUGCCUCAUUGACCCCCCCCAAUGUCAGUGCCGCCUCUUUAGAUGGAGAGACCACAUCCCCGAGGCCAAUGCCCGCAAUUGUGGCCCCAGGGAACGGCGUCCCUGGCAAUUGUUUGACUGCCAAUGGCUCACUUGCGGCUAACAAUGUCUUAGUCUGCCGCUUGGAGAGGGACAGCAAGAAGGAGAAGAAGGGCUUGCUGAAGCUGCUCUCUGGUUCCUCCAACAAGAAGAAGCCCAGGCCAUCUCCGCCUGGGUCGCCCUCACUGGAGGGGGAACAGGCAGCAUCCACACUGCUCCAGGGGGCCGUGGGUCCUGAGGUCCCCUCUGCUGCCGAGCCGGAUUCCGGCACCACUUCUGUUCCCUCCACGUCCUCCUCCACCUCCAGCUUUGCCCCUUCGACCGAGUCCAGCCAGCGCAAGAGUGCCGCCCUGGAGGCCACAGUCCCGAUUGCCCCCCCGCCACGCCAGCCAUGUUCCUCCCUGGUGUCCAUGCACCAGGACUCCCGACCCAUAGUGUGCGAGAGGUACAGGGUGGUGGUGUCCUACCCCCCCCAGAGCGAGGCGGAGCUGGAGCUGAAGGAGGGCGACAUUGUGUUCGUGCACAAGAAGCGGGAGGAUGGCUGGUUCAAGGGCACCCUGCAGAGGAACGGCAGAACUGGCCUCUUCCCGGGCAGCUUCGUGGACAGCGUUUGACCCGGCCGGGGGGAGGGAAUGGGUCCUGGGUGGGAGGCGGAGCCACAAGCGGCUUGUUGACAGUCUUUAAUAGCCGACCGGAAAUCUGACUGGGAGAUCUGUGCAGACAAGGGGACGAGGAACGGCAGGCCACAGAGAUAACGCCCUUCAGUGUCCGUGCAGUGAAUUCCCCCCCCAACACAGCGUGCCUUUAUCUCUCCAUCUGCUUCAACACGGAGAGGAGCGACGCCGCCAGCAGCACAAGUGACCGCUAACCAGCAAUACUGUCAGUUUAACUUAUCUUCUCGUCCGUCUUCUGCAAACUCACCCCAUGUCACCCGGUGACCUGAUGCUGGUGCCACGUCCCCCCACCUCACCAAGGACGAAUGACAGCAGAAAGCAGCCAAGUUCGUGCCAUCUGGCUGUGGCGACGCUGGCAAUUCGAGGGGGGGGGGGUCAAAGGUCAUGCCACUAGAGCCCCACUCCCCUGCAGUUUUAAAAAGGUCAACGUAUGCAGCGGCCAAUGACAUUUCAAGGCCAGUGGCUGCAUGACAUCACCUCUCCCUGGCGUCUGAUAUGCUGAAGGGACGCGGCCUUGUUUUUCAGAAUCCUCAUUGGGUCUGAGGUGUCACCUGGGUAGUUGCCAUGGAGUCGAAGGCAGUCCUGUAAAUGAAGGCAAAGAUUCUCAAACUACUACGCUGCUCUUAAGAUGUAGACCAGUGCACACUCCACACAUUUUUACACUAAAUUCCAGCUGGUGUAUUUUUUUUGUACAUUUUUAUGGUUAAUGUUAGUUAAAGCACAAAUCUUCGCUGCUUAUUGUUAAGUGUUUUUCCUUGCUGAUGAAGCUCCGGUUCCCAGAGGAACCACAGGAACAAUCGCACCGCCAUAACCAACACCGAGAAAGAAAUAUUAAUAUAUUUACUUUUUAUACUCGCAUUGAUUUUUACGGAAUAGAACUUUCUGGAAAUCUGGGUAGGUCUUUAACACUACUACAUUCAGCAGAGAGCUGUGAGGUUUUCCACAACUUUCUCGAAUAUUUUGAACGUUUGCCGAUGGCAUUGAUGUCGGUGGCCACAGCUGAGGCCACCCAUAGCUGGGAAAUAGUUUCUCCAUUGUUGCUUUGACGUUUCCUCAAGAACCGGAUGAUUCCCUUUGAGGCCCCCUGGUGGCCGAACUGAGUAACCACAAGGACAUGUUUUCCUUCCUGAGGUCUGGGCUUGCUGGUUACUUUUAUGCUGCAGUAAUGUCUGUGAAGCUAAUCUCGUGACGUAGACUUGAAUAAGAUGGGUAUCGGUUUGAUCCAUUUCUUGUUUUAAAGCACAAUAUGUGGCAAAUAGUGUGUUUGUUGUCAUUCGUCCUCCUGACAGCAUGGGGGCGGAAGGGGCCGUUCCCUUGUUUCCUUUAGCCAGUGGCAUCAAGAAAUUGAGCCAAUAAAACAUCCCCAUGUCAGAGCCAUGACCAGGGGGCAUUCGGCACCUUGCGUUCCUGGACUGGCAUUGUUAAGCUCUACACCCAGGGGGUCAGAGCAGGAAUGGGACCCCCAGAUGGCACUACGAAGAGCACAUGGACACAUUGGCUGGUUUUGGGGGGGGGGGGCAUAUUGGUGAGUUGGUGUGAUAUUGUAGGUUUGUUGUAUUUUAUAUUUCAAUAUGUUUGUACCUGGAAGGAGGGGUUGGUGUAAACUUACACGAGUUAUGACACACUGAUCACAUGGUGGACUGUCCCCCCCUCUAGUGUCAUGAAUCUCACACACACACACACACCCCCCAAAAAAUGUACAUACCUGACUGUGCUGCUGUUCUACCUGCCCACCCAUAACCCCCCCAGAAUCAGAAUCCUCAAUGAAACUCUUUUUUGAUGUACCAAGCGCUCCAUUAUCAUGUCUGUCCCUUGAAGGACUAGGUGAUGUCAUUCUCAUUGUGGGAUGUUAGUCGAUGUAGAUCUAGAGUUUUUCCUAGGGAAGAAACAGCAUUUGGCUUAGGCUUUCACUAUAACAAAUGUCGCAGGAGGACGAGGCUGUUCUACCGGGCAGAUCCUUCUAAUCAUCACUCUUUCUGUGUAGCUUCGAUAGUCGGCCGUUCGUUAGCUUGGCAGCCUCUGUCUCGCUGCAGCCCCCUAGCUGUGUUGAUCUGUGCAGGAACAUGUUGGUUCUUCGGAAAGACCCGGCAUGUUUUGUAAACGAUGAUGGUAAUAAAAGGUUAAUGGUU